AUGCGUGAUUCCAACUAUAGGGCAAUAUCUAGUAAUAAAGCAGCGGUAACAAUCACAGCUAGUCUCUACGAUAGGAGAGCUUUGGAUGUGACGUCAGAUAAGCCUUUAGUCAAUUCUUUAAAUUUUUUGACUUAUUUGGUGAGUUCACUGGCAAAAGUGAGGGAAACGUUGUCACUCGAUGGUGGAAUUGAGCGUUUAAUUGAAAUAUUACACGAAUGUCAUCAAACUAAUUCUAGCAAUGAUCUUUUGUUUGCCGAUCAAGAGAAGAAACUUUUAGCAGCAUGGAAAUGGACAUUGGCUUUUCAAUCGUUAGUACUUAUUGGUACUAGAGGAACAGAAGAAAUUAGACAGAAAGUUGUCAAAGCAGGCAUUCUACCAAUCAUAGCCACAGUUUUGGAUAAUUAUCUAUCACUACACGAGAACACAUUCCAUCAGGCCUCAUUGAGGUCAACGGCGAAUACUGGAAAUACGACAACAACAACAACAACAACAACAUCGACUACCGCAACUCCAAACAUACCAACAGCUUCAGUGGUAGAUACUACUUAUUACCAAACAACUCCUCCAGAUAACCCAGUGGAAAACAGUGUUACCACAGAAACCACGACACCAGCCACAGAGAACUUAUUUCGUCACUUUCAACAUCCAAAUCAAACACAACGGCCUGAUGCGGUUGGUGUGCGAGAUGGUGAAAAUACUGAUCGUACUAUUUUACAAGAAGAUUAUCAGAAUCCUAUCCAAAUAGCAACAGCUGCAAUAGAAGCAACAUCGAUUUCUAACGUUCAUCCCAGAGAAGCCAACUUUAAUGUUGAUUUUAAUUUGACAAACGAUGAUUACGAUGACUGGACAGUAGAACAAUUACUUAAAUUGAUAGCAACGAAUUGGAUGGGGAAUAACGAGACGGAUAGAGUAAAUAAUACUAUUACCAGUGAUAUUAGAAGAAGAUACGCGAUAGUGACGAUAUUAAACAAGUUGAGGGAAGAGAAACAAAUGGAGACUUUACAUGAUGAAUUUAUUAACGAAUGUGACAUUGACAUGGAUAGCAAUUUACAAUUUCUCUCCGAUAUGUAUGCAAGAGAUUUUGAAAUCAACAAAACUUGUUAUAAUCUGAAAGUUUUUGUCAGGUCUUUCACCGAUAGUGGGAUCGUUAUCCCUCGAGACGAUGACAUUGUCUGGUCAUUGCAGUUACUAGCUUACAUAUCAAAAUAUCCUUAUUUAAAAGACUGUUUACAAAACUCACAUUUGGUCUUGGAUAUGAGUAUCAGAGAUAAACAAUUGAAACUAUAUCUAGAGAGACAAAUGAAAUUGAAGAUGAAAAAAAUGUUAGCAGUGAGAUUGCGCCCUACUAUAGUUCCAAAAUCUAGGAAACAAAAGUCUUCGUACUUGGAAACCUUUCAUUCUAGUCCAUCUAACUCACCUCAAAUGGUCAGUGAUUUAAAUGAUGAUACGUUUAUCAUGGGGAAUGACAAAUUUGGAUUGUGCCAGACUAACGACUUGACUGAAACUGCAGAGCUGGGUGAAGAAGAUGACGAGGAAGAAGUAGCAGAAAAAGGGAAAAAUGGAGAAGAAGUUGAAUACGACGAUGAUUACGACGACGAUGAGGAACCAGAGGCAUGCGAUGAUGAUAGUGAAGAUUCAAUCUCUCUGAAGGAUUUGCUUGAUAUACUGAUAGAUCAGUUUGAGUAUUUACCAAAGUUAUAUGAAAGCAUGGUUGAGUGUGAGUCUAUUCUGGAUGACAGUGAACGUGAAGUUGCACUAUUUCAAAUCUACAAUAAAAUGAACAAAUGCAUAGAAGUUGAAAGUCGAAAGUUAAAGGAUACCAUUAUUGGUGCACGAUUGAAGACUAAGCGAUACCUUGAGAAAAAAUGGAAUUAUGAAGAAUAUAAAUAUUUUGAUAUUGAUGAGCAUAAUGAGGAUAAGGAUGAUUCUUUAACUGAAUAUAAAAAAGUAAGUUUAUUCCCAUUAGUAGAGAAGUUUACAUUUUUGUCAGGGACAGAGAUGCACUAUUGGGCAGGAGUAAUCAUGCGGAACAGCUGUAGGCGAAACACAGCAGGACUUCGACAAUGUGGUAAUUGUCACAAAUGGGAAGAUUUUCCAAGACAAUUUGCAAAAUGCAAACUUUGUAAGCGAGCAAAGUAUUGUUCGAAAAAGUGUCAAAUGGAAAGCUGGAAGAGUCAUCGUAACUGGUGCUUAGCGAGUUAA